CAUCAGCCAAUGAGAAGCAAGCGAGGUGGUCGUAAGGGUGAAGGCGUACCUUGGGAGAGAAGAUGGAUUUUCAACAUCAUGGAAACCGGGCAACAAAACCCAGAGCUAGAGCAUCUCCACCUACCGGAGGUCCACUACUUUUUGAUGACACCAGUUCUGGGCAUCCGCCCAUGAACAACCAAAACUACUAUGAUUCAGGUUAUAAUAUGGCAGGCGCACCCGCGGUAGGACAAGAACCCGCAGUGAGCAACCUGUUUGCAGAUCCAAUGGCCAAUGCUGCCAUGAUGUACGGCUCAUCACUUGCCAAUCAAGGCAAGGAUAUGGUAAACAAAGAGAUUAGCCGAUUCAUGUCGAUGAACAAGUUGAAGUAUUUCUUUGCAGUUGAUACCAAAUAUGUUAUGAAGAAACUGCUGCUUCUCAUGUUCCCAUAUACACAUCAGGACUGGGAAGUGCGUUACCAUAGAGACACUCCUCUCACACCGCGUCAUGAUGUCAAUGCUCCAGAUCUCUACAUACCUACAAUGUCUUUCAUCACCUAUAUUUUACUGGCUGGAAUAGCUUUAGGAAUUCAGAAACGGUUCAGCCCCGAGGUUCUGGGGUUGUGUGCAAGCACAGCUCUGGUUUGGAUCAUCAUUGAGGUUCUUGCAAUGUUGCUUAGUCUUUACUUGCUCACAGUUCACACAGAUCUCUCAACGUUUGAUCUUCUUGCCUACAGUGGAUACAAAUAUGUGGGGAUGAUUUUCACAGUAUUGUGUGGAUUGCUGUUUGGUAGUGAUGGCUACUAUGUUGCUCUUGCUUGGUCUUCUUGCGCCCUGAUGUUUUUUAUUGUGCGUUCUCUGAAAAUGAAGAUCUUGUCUUCGAUCUCAGCAGACUCCAUGGGUGCAGGAGCGAGUGUAAAGCCCCGCUUUCGCUUGUACAUUACUGUGGCUUCUGCUGCCUUUCAGCCAAUCAUCAUUUACUGGCUCACCUCUCAUUUGGUCAGAUGACCUACAGUGUAUAUUUGUACUCAAUGGAAAUGAACUUAAAAGUGACUUAAAGCAAUGCUGGAUGGGAGUGGAUGUAACCCUCAAUAUUUUGGCAUUGGUACAAAAAAGUGACUUUGCUCGGGAUGGACACCACAACUGUCUCUUAUAUUGGCUCUAUCUGCAGUCAUUUGCAGAUCAAAUGUUAAAAACAUUUAAAUGUUAAAAAUGAUUUUUACCAGAUUGUGUUUUGCCGUCUUCACGUGGAGGAGGUUUGAUAUUAACAGAUGGAUUGUUUGAGCGCUCUUGUGACUUAACCAUGCUGCUUUAGUGACACAAAAUCCUGACUCCUUUUAAAGAGGCAUGCUAAUUUAUCUGCCCUGUGUGGUGAUUUUUGUUUGAUGUGUAAUUGGUGAACACAUGGUCAACUCAAGUGUCCUUCCUUUUUGGUUUUCUGUGCAUGAACAGCAGUGUUUUCUUUAAAGCUAAAUAAAUUCCAUAAUUUAGAAUUUUAA